AUUAAUACAUCCUCAACAGAAGGCAGUGUUGAGAAAUUAAGCGCUUCCCAAAACACUUGUUUGGAAAGUUCUGGUUCUGUGAGGAUUUUCCUCUUCAAAACAUGUUUCAUCCCGUUUUCCGAGAAGAAAAUCCAGACAGUGAUUGGAGUGUUCUGUCCAGCAGAGGGCACCAGCGCGGAGGUGAUGUGUCGUGAGGGUGAAGGCCAGCAGGGGGCAGAGCAACAUCCUCAGGGGGAGAAGUUUGGGAUGGUGGGACGGAACAGUCUGGACGUCUUCUCUCCUCCUCGCGAAGGUCCAGACCCAGGGACUCAGGGCGUAGUAGGAGACGCUUCCUUUGGAAGAUCACAGGUUACCGGUGUGGAGAGCGAAGGUCAGCAGCUGGUGGGACGGGCCAGCCUGGACAUCUUCUCUCCGGUCAGAGAAGACUCUCACUCAGGUGGUGGCUCACAGCGACGGACGCCCCUGGGGACCCACCGGGGCGCCACUGGGGGCCGGUCCUACAGCCCGCUGUCCAUCUUCCUGUCCCCGCAGACGAUCAAAGAGGAAGAGCCGACCAACGCCGCCGCUGCCGCCGCCGCCGCCGGCUUUGAGCCAUCUGACAGGAAGCCUGAGAGGAGCAGUGGCUCCAGCCAGGAAGGGGAAGCUCCGACUCUGCCCACCACAACCCAGCAGACCAAUCAGAGUCAGGCGGUGACGCCUUUCUACACUCCAGAACCGAGCCUCCGUGGAGCCAACGGCAUUCAGACUCAGCUCAGUUACGGCUCAUCUGCCGCCGCAGCAGCAGCUUCAGGUUCAGCUGCGAUGGCAGCGGCUUGCUCGUCUCUGUCCCAGAACAUCGCAGACGUGGUCGGACAGGACGGCGCCGCUCCGCUCACGUCCCUGCAGAUCCACUUCAUCCAGAACAUGAUCCACGAAACGCUGGAGGAGUUCAGGACCGCCUGUCACCAGGACAUCCUCAACCUGCAGGUGGAAAUGAUCCGGCAGUUUUACAUCCAGCUGACGGAGAUCCACGGUCUGAUUGAGAAAUAUUCUGUCAACGAGUCUCUGGUGGAGGAGAUCGAGAGGCUGCGGGAGGAAAACCGCCAGCUCAAAGCGAACUACUGAGCUGCUGUCAUCCAGCCUUUAGCCCCGAGUUGAGUCUGACAGGCUGCAGUGCCUUCAUCCCAAACUGCUUAUUCUGUUUGUCUGCAUCAAAAUCAGUAAAUGACCGACAGAAACCAGCAUUUUGACUCAACGUGUUAUGUUGUAAUUUAAUAUUUUGUCUGUUGAUGCAUGAAAUUGUGAGCGGUUCGUCUGUGUGUUUGUGUUUUUAUCAAGAAACAUCUUGGGUGAAAAAUAGAGAAUUGUAAAAGAGAAGCUGUUUUUCCACUACAAAUUAAAUUUGUUCGGAAGUUUCUUAAUAUGAAUCUUAAAUAAAUUGACUUAUUUAAAAACAA